CAUGUUAAUAGCCCAUCGAAAUACUCAAAACUUUUGCAAGCUACAUUCCAUUUGCAACGAAAAAGCAAACGGAUAAUUCACUUAAUUAUUAUACUAUUUGAACAAAUAAUUGAAUAACUGAUUGGAUAAUAGUACUAAUUUUUAUGCACGUAGAAAUUAUUAUAGCAUUUGAAUAAUUGAUCAAAACAGUGCAAGCACAAACUACAUAAUUUUCCCUUUUUGAAAAUGUGUUAGUUAUAUCAGCUACAGAAAUUCUAAUUUUCUAAUUCAUCCACGCCUGACGUCUGACUAUAUCCCAUUAUAUCUCUCCACCAAUCUCAAUUGAACAUCACACACACACACACACACACAUAGACAAUCAUACAAAUAUAAUUCCGCGAAAAAUUAUUUCCGACGAAAAAAACACGCACUCACACAGUGCUUUAAAAAAAACACGACGAGUAUAUACUAUUAUAAUGCCCAAGUGUUUUAACUUAACAGCGUCGGCUAACUGGUGCUUCCGAUCAUCUUUCUCGGCAGCUGGUCUCCGGUCAACCAUCACCGACCUCGGCGACGGCACCACCAUCCACUGCUGGGUCCCCAAGAAACCCAAAUCGGGUAACCCGAACCUGGUCCUCAUCCAUGGAUUCGGAGUCGACUCCGUUUGGCAGUGGUCGGAGACGGUCAAAAUCCUGGUGCCCCAUUUCAACAUCUAUGUGCCGGACCUGGUUUUCUUCGGCGAAUCGUACACGACCCGACCCGAAAGGUCCGAAUCGUUCCAGGCCCAGUGCGUGAAGCGGGUCAUGGAGGCGAAUUCGGUUUGGAAAAUGAGCCUCGUCGGGAUGAGUUACGGCGGGUUCGUGGCGUACAGUAUGGCGGCGCAGUUCAAGGAAUGCGUGGAAAGGGUGGUGAUUUGCUGCGCCGGGGUUUGUUUGGAGGAGAAGGACAUUAAAAAUGGGCUGUUUCCGGUGAAUGACGUGGAUGUAGCCGCCGCCAUCCUUCUGCCGGAGACGGCGGAGACGAUGAGGGAGUUGUUGCGGUAUGCUUUUGUAAAGCCGCCCAAAGCGUUGCCUUCUUGCUUGCUCAACGACUUUAUCGACGAGAUGUGCACAGAUUUUUUGGAGGAGAGGAGGGAUUUGCUUAGAGCUAUCCCCAAAGACAGGAAACUCUCAGACUUACCCAAAAUCACUCAGCCAACUUUAAUUAUUUGGGGAGAAAAAGAUCAGAUAUUUCCAGUCGAAUUGGCUCACAGAUUAAAAAGGUGGUGCAUCCCUUUCUUUUUUUCUUUUUUUUCUCCCCAUGAAUUAUUGAAAUUAUUGGUGUAAAUGUUUAUGAGAAAAUAAUAACUGCAUUCGAUUAAAUCAUUUUAAUUUUGAUGCAGACAUUUGGGGGAGAAUGCAGAGCUAGUAAUACUAGAAGGAACAGGGCAUUCAUUUGCUCAUGAAAAACCAAAGGAGUUUCAUAAGCUCUUAAAGACCUUUCUCUUAGCUUCCUCAUGUAACCAAAAAUUAUACCCCUCUUCAACUGUUCCAACUUAAAGCCAUUUCUAUCCUCAUAACAGUUUUUUUUUUUUCUUUUUUUUUUUUAUAUUAAAUGGAAUGAAUUGAAAAUGCAAUUCUUCAAUACCCAUGUGAUGUAAUUCUUCUUCUCCUCCUCUUUUUGUGACCCCUAAUAGUUUUUCCAGAAUAAGCAAUGAUCAUUAUGUAAAUUAUUGUAAUGAAACGAGACCACAGGAACCCCAAUUUUUGAAAGGUGGUUCAUGUUUAUACAAAGAAGAAUGUUGCCUACAUACUUGGGUUCAAUCUUCUUUGUUCACUUAUAUCAGACAAGUUACUGGUUCAGGAGAUCUUCAUUUACGUAUAUCUAUGAGAACCAUCAACUCGCGAGGGAUUCAGUUUGUUACAUUCAAAAGAGCAACUAAUCCAAUACACUAAUCAUGACAAUUAUUUUAAGACGAAUCAAGUUACCAUCAAUAUGACUGUGGAUACCAACACUAGUCUGUUUAAAAAUAUUUGACAGCAAUACUAGACGUUUCAACAACUAGUAAACAACAUCCACCCACUCCAAUGACUCUUGUCCCGUUGCAUCACAACUAAUGUCUGUUUUCUUCAAUACUGCCAACCUUCCCCUAACUUAUGAGUGUUCAAGAAAAAUAACCAAUUGAAUGAUUCAUACUUCAAAAAGAAAUUUUGAAUGAUUUUUUUGAAUGAUUCAAAAUUCCUAAACUACCCAAACAUAUCCGGUGGAGUCGGGAUGAAUUUUGUUUAUGAAAAAUGAAACAAUUGGUUGAUUCCAACAACCUGCAACCAGAACAUGCAUGGCAUCUCCUCAAUGAACUAUUCUCCAUUAUGCAACCCCCCCCCCCCCCCCCCCCCGCGCCAAAAACUAUGGCAUUUGUGAAAAAUGAUGGCCUAGUGACAAGCAUUAGGAAAACCUCUUCACAGAAUUUAUUCACAAGAGAUGCGGGGUAAGAGGAAGGUUAGGGCCUUAGGGGGAUUUUAGAUGAGAGCUUUAAUUCUGACUAUGUAGCUGAAAUUCAAAUCACAACCACACAACUAAUCCGCAUUGAGUACAAGGAGAAGUAACAUCAAUAAUUGUAAGAGUUAAACAGAAAAGUACAGCCAGUUCUGAUUAACCUUUGAGCUUAUGUCGACAACAGAAUUAAACCCUGGUACAUUUGAUGACAGCUCUCCCUAUUGAAGUCGCUUUUGCACAAAGCACCAGUUCAUUCACUUUCACUAGGUCUGCAAGAUUAGCAAGUGACCAAUAAAAUCUCUCAAAAGGAAGCAACUAAUUAGAAUAGGACACAACGCGAUAAAGCAAUAAAUUUAAGCAUGAAAGAAAAUGACACUGCCCAAAUGAGCCAAGAAGCAUCAUGCAAAUCAUGUGUAAAAACAUCUGGCAAAUGGCACAUGAUUGGGUUUUCUAUCUAAAACAGGCUUUGAGUUACUGAAUACGAAAUCCUACCUCUGCCUGUAUCUCAUCAGCUUUAGCGUGCUCACCUGCAAAAUAGAAAAGACAUGCACUUUAGGUCUUCCAUCACAGAGAAGGGAAGAUGCCAUUCCUCAUUACUACUAUUUUGUUAUUUCCAACCUCAUCAUUUUACCAGGAGAGAGGUUAGAGGGCAAAACUAAAGAAGUAAAGCAGUCCCUAUAAAUUAUUUUCUUCCAACUACACUUUUCACCAGCAAUUUACAUCCAUAUCUCGAGAGGAGCAAGUAUUUCAAAAGCUUCACCAGGUUAUUUCAUGGUGUAAAUAUUUUUGUGAUGUCGUUCAAAUGACAAAGGAAUGAAAAGCUGAAAAUCAGCAUUAAACCAUCAUAGCUUACCUCCCUCUUCUGGAAGAUCUG